AUGGCGGCCGGGUCGCCGUCGAGGCCUGGUGGAGCAACCGUGUUACGCCGGUUCUACAGCCUGACGGCAACGGCCAGCUCGCCGUCAAGGCCUGCCGGAGCAACCCUGUUCCACCGGUUCCACAGCCAGACAACAGCGGCUGGGUCGCCGUGGAGGCCUGCGGGAGUAACCAUGGUACGCCGGUUCGGCAGCAAUGCUGCCGUGGCCGGGUCGCUGUCGAGGCCAGCCGGAGCAAGAAUGAUACGCCAGUUCUGCAGCCAGGCCGCGGUGGUCGGGUUGCGCCGGUUGUGCAGCCCUGCCACGGCGGCCGGGUCGCUGUCGAGGCCUGCAGGAGCUAGGAUGCUACAGCUACAAUUUCAGAGGAAAAUUGGGCAUGUUGCAGCUACCGCCGGCCACCGCUUCGGCUUCUUUCGCAGAUAUGCCAUGCCUAUGGUGAUGGUUGCCUUUGGUGUUGGGCUUUGGUGUAUGAAGAAGAAUGCAGAGCUUGCUGAGAGGGCUGCCCGUCCGUCAAAGGUUGAUUGGGUUGAAGCCGGAGUUGUCUCUCCGGUCGUGAGGAACCAAAAGGAUUGUGGGAGCUGUUGGGCCAUGGCAGUUGCAGCUUCGGUCGAGGCAGUAAAUUACCUCAAGACUUGGCGAUCAAUCAGGUUGUCAGUUCAAGAGCUCGUCGACUGCAACAUACAGAACUACGGGUGUAAUGGUGGCGACUACUGGUAUGCUUUCCGCUAUGUAAAGGAAAAUGGGCUCACAACAGAAUCUUCAUACCCAUACAAGGCUCGGCAGGGUAUAUGUCGCAAACUGGAUAAAAAAGUAGAAGGAAGGAUAUCGAACUUCCGCUAUGUCCGCCGAAACGAGGAUGCAUUGGAGAAAGCGGUAGCAAAGCAACCCGUGAUCGUCACUGUGCAAGGUGAUCAUUUGCAGUGGUACAACGGAGGCAUCAUGGACUACAAAUUUGAUAAAAGACUUACCGGCUGGCACGCUGUCUUGGUCGUCGGUUAUGGCACAGACUCCAGAGGUGUCAAGUACUGGCGCAUCAAGAAUUCAUGGGGAAAAAGUUGGGGUGAAGGGGGGUUUGGGAGGAUCCGAAGGUAUGUUGACGAUAAGAGAGGCGCUCUGGGCAUUUUCGUUUAUAGACCAGUAUAUCCUGUGCUUAGGACUUGA